AGGAGUGGCUCCAGUCCAUUCCCUCCGUGGGCAGUUAACUUUGCUAGACUCUCACCGCUUCUCUCAAAGAAACAAUUCAGUUAACUUUGCUAGACUCACUGCUUAUCUCAAAGAAACAGUUUAAGGAUGUCUCCGUGAACGACGGAUCGCGAUUCAAGAUUGCUAGGACGUUAAUACCAUUAUUAUUCACUAUACUUCUCGCGAGCAAGACUAUUUCUCCUUAGGAUAAGGGUAAUACGACAAAAAGCAUUCCCUGUGAUUUGCAAUACGAAACAACUCUUUAAAUGCAACGCUGUUUGAUUUAUGAGAAAAGUAUGGCAGCCGAGACGAAGAAUGGCGGAACAUCUCUGAGCAACUGUAAAGAUCACAGCAGGAGAAAACUACUUGUCGGAGUGGACCUCUUCUGUCUCUUUUUAGCCGGCCUGCCUUUCUUGGUCAUUGAGACCAGCGCUGUUCAGCCUUACCGUAGAGGCUUUUACUGCGACGAUGAGUCCAUCACAUACCCGGCCAAAAAUGGAGACACCAUUAGCGACAGUGUGCUUAGUGCUGCUGGCAUUCUUAUCACCAUCCUCUCUAUCAUCAUUGGGGAGAGCUACCGGAUCUACUUCCUCAACGAGGGCUCCAAGUCAUUUGUAGGGAAUCCCUACAUCUCCGCCCUGUACAAGCAGGUGGGCGUGUUUGUCUUUGGCUGCGCCAUCAGUCAGUCUUUCACCGACAUCGCCAAAGUGUCCGUGGGCCGCCUGCGCCCGCAUUUUCUCGACGUGUGCAAACCCGACUUCACUACUAUCAACUGCUCCCUGGGCUACAUCACCGACUACCAGUGUCAGGGGCCCGAGAGUAGAGUCCAAGAGGCCAGGAAGUCUUUCUUUUCUGGACACGCCUCCUUUUCCAUGUACACCAUGCUUUAUCUGGUGUUUUACCUUCAGUCUCGUUUCUCCUGGCAUGGAGCCCGGUUGCUGCGCCCUCUGACCCAGUUCACCCUCAUCAUGAUGUCCUUCUACACCGGCCUGUCCCGCGUCUCUGAUCACAAGCAUCACCCCACUGAUGUUUUGGGUGGUUUCGUUCAAGGUGCGCUGGUGGCCUACUGCAUUGUGUUCUUCGUCUCAGAUUUGUUCAAGGCCAAAGGGAGACGUUGCGCCUUAUCUUUGACUCCUGUGAAGAAAGACCUCGUCCCUCCAGCAGACAUCAGGGAGAGGAGCAAUCAUCUCAUCAUGGCAUAGCAAGCCCUGCAAACUGUCCAUUCAGAAAUCACUAUGACAGACACUGGCUCCGCAAACUGGGACUAAAUGAACAAGAACAGUGUGUGGAGGAAGUAGAAGAUUCCCUAAGAUGAGAAAAGGCUGCAGGAAAAACACAAACGGAAACCUGCACGUGUUUGCUGGGUGUCACUGCAGAAUUCCAUGUUGCAAGAGAGAGGACUGAUCAGCCUCCUUUGUGAAGGAUAUCAUCUUGGAGUUGGAGGCCUCCUCCCACUGUCAAGGUUGUUCCAUGCGCACAGGGUGAGAAAUAGCAGCUGCAUCCAGCAUGCAAGCAAUUAUCCUUCCACUCACUCGCUGUGCGGCCCAUUCCAGUUAAAAAACAAAUUCCUUGAGUUUAGGAAGGAUGUUGCAUUACUCUUUCUAUUGUAGUAAUCAAUAUGCAAAUUGUAAAGAAACGUUUGAUUUCUAGCACUAUGUUAGCUAAACACAUUAGCCGUUACCACUUGAAUGACCUGAAGUGAAGCUUUUGAAAAGCUUUGUAAACGUUUAGUGUUGUUUGUGAUUUCUUAUCAAUAGUGCACAUGAGAGUGUGUGUGUGUGGGGCGGGGGAGGGGGGGGGGGGCGCACAUGUACAUCAGACGUGGGUCUCAUUCUGCUGGCUCGGAUGAGUCCCCCAACAAAGCCAUUUAAUGAAAAGGACUGUCUCUUACAUAUACCAGACGUCUGUGUGUGUGUGUGUGUGUGUGUGUGUGUGUGUGUGUGUGUGUGUGUGUGUGUGUGUGUGUGUGUGUGUGUGUGUGUGUGUGUGUGUGUGUGUGUGUGUGUGUGUGUGUGUGUGUGUGUGUGUGUGUGUGUGCGUGCGUGUGUGUGUGUGUGUGUGUGUGUGCGCGUGCGUGCACGCGCGCGCGCUAUGUGCCUCUCUGUCCAGCCAUAGACGGAAUACUUGUUCGUGGAGACACUGUGGAAAACAAGCGUCACAUGCCGCGCACGUUCUAAAAGUGUUGCUAAUCCGAGUGAUGAUUCACAUCACUGACAAAUCCUGUGACAAUGUCAUGUGUUUUAUUUUACACAGGCAUUUAUGUACUUAUUGACAGACGGGGUACUCUUUAGAACAGGUACCAAAGCACAACCUCACUAAACAAAUAACUUUAUAAGGAUUUGGCACGUUGUAAAGCACCUUGUAAAACUCAUCGUGAUGAGUUUCUGCUUCCUAUUGGAUUGUUACAUUGGCUUUGUACACAUUUAAACAGGUUUUCAUGCAAUUUUUUGUUGUAAUAGAAAAUAAGACUUUUUCUUUUGACAACUUUGAACCACUGAUUGAAAGCUUCAUUUUACCAGUUCUAUUUGUGAUUGUCUUGAAGAGCUAUAGUGCGUCAGAAUUUUAUGUUCAGUAUGUUACAUUGUAUCAAAAGUGUUUGUAAGUGUGCCUGUUGUGGAAAAUCAUCACUCGGACUUUGUGUCUACACCUGUGUAAAUGCUGCUUGAAGAGGUGAGCGUCAUUGUUAAUAAAGAGGGCUUAAAAAAACUUCAGUACAUUUCUGUUUAAAGUGCCGCACAGUAUUUUUGUUUAAAGUGCCUCACAGUAUUUUUGUAUUGCCAACGUUCAAUUGUUGUAUCACACUACACGAUGUAAAAGUGUCUUGAAUAAAAUACGCAAAAAUCAA